UACUGUCCUGUUACCUGUGAAUGUCACAUCACAAGAACUGAUCUCAUAAUAUCCUGUGUGUUAAAUUUGGUCUGUGGUCAGUGAUGCAGCUGGGAGGGGCUGUAAGUUUGAGGAACUCUGACUGUUACCAGAGAAACAGGAACCAACCAAACCAGAGAGAAGAGGAGAUGGUGACACACGGACAGAGAGAGGAGUACAAACUGCAGAGAAAAGAAGAAUUUACUUCUGAGGAGAACAAAAGCAAACUUAGAGAGGUUUGGAGAGAGAAGACUGGAGUUUAGUGAACAUCAGAGAGGCAGAAUUUCAGUAAAGGAUGAAGAUCCUCCUCAUCUUCACCCUCUACCUGAUCUCAGGUCCAGUGAGCUGCUUUAAUGUGAUUGGGUAUCCAGGAGGUAGUGUCAUGAUCUACUGUGAUUACCAACUUCAUAGCAAGAACAACAGAUAUUUUUGUAACACCAACACAAAGCAGUGUGUGUAUUUAAAAUCUAAUCAAACUCAGAACACAUGGUUUCAUGAAGAUAGAAUUUCUCUUUGCGAUUAUCCUGAAGUUCUAGUAGUGAUCUACAGACAACUUAGUUUACAGGAUGCUGGAUUAUAUCAGUGUGGAGAGACUGGAGUGUGGAGUCAUGAUGUGAAUCUUAAAGUGAACUCAGAUCCAUGUUGUUUGGGGUCAAAGACUGUGGCUGCUUAUCUGGGAGAGACUGUCACCAUCAGCUGUUCAUAUCCAGAGCAGUUUGACAUGGAAAACAUGAAGUCCUUCUUUAAACAAAACGGACAAUAUUUUACUGAAGUGAUCCGAACCACAGAGACUCAGAGAGGCAGAUUCUCCAUCUCUGAUAACAGAAGCUCUAAAGUUCUCAGUGUGAGAAUCAGUGAUGUGAGAGAAGAUGAUGGAGGAGUUUAUUUCUGUGGAGUGACUGUUGGAGGACAGUCAGUCAGUUAUUACUCCUUCUACACAGAGACUCAUCUACAAGUCACUGGAAAAGAAGCACCACUGGCUCCAAAACGACCUCUACCAGCAAGUUUAAGCACAACUGAAAAAUCAACAGCAACAUACAGAACCACAUCAGCAGCACCAACAGAAUCCACAUCUAAAGACGAGCAUUUCAGCAAAACCUACUGGACCAUAUCAACAACACUGCCAUCUGUCACAUCUGAGGAAACUAAUGCUGGUUCCUCUGUGAUCAUCACUGUGUGUGUCUGUGUGACUCUGCUGCUGAUUGGAGGAUCAACACUGAUCUUCUACAAACUGAGAGGCAAGAUAAGGAAAGAACAGGCUGAUUAUGAAAAUGACCUACCUGGGAAACAGAUGAGCAUGAGCCCAGUCUACCAGAACCUGGAACCCAACAACAAACCAUCAGAUUCAGCCCACAAGAGCCUAAACCCCAACACCAACCAAUCAGAUUCAUUCUACAAACAUCUGAAACCCAACAACAAACAAUCAGAUUUAGCGUACAAGAUCCUAAACCCCAACAUCAACCCAUCAGAUUCAGUCUACCAGAACCUAAACCCUGACACCAACCAACCAGAUCCAGUCUACCAGAAUCUAAACCCCAACAACAACUGAUCACAUUCUGCCUACCAGUCUAAACCCCAAGACCAAUCAAUCAGAUUCAGUCUACAAGAGUCUAAACCUCAUUACCAACUAGUGAGAUUCAGUCUAUCAGAGCCUAAACCCCGAGACUAACUAAUCAGAUGGAGUCUACUAGAGCCUAAACUCAACACCAAGUAAUCAGAUUCAGCCAACCAGAGUCCAAAUCUAAAAGAUUUGGUCUAUCAGAGUCUAAAGGCCACUUCUGAUUGAGUGAUCCAUGU